CUCAUUGGUGUGCACUCAGGAUACUACAUUUGGUCCUGAAAUGCUCCACAGUUCUUCACCAGUGCUCUUUUUUUCCUACUUUGUGCACUAGUUUUUCUCAUGAAUUUACCUGCAACAGCGCUGUCACAGUUGAAUGACAGGGUCUAAAAGCCACCUCCCGAAGCCUCCUCACACUUCUACAACAGCAUGAAGAACUGAUUCCAGCGAUGCUCCUUCUUUCUGGAUCCAACCGGCAGAGAUGCAGUUUGGUCGCCAGGUCACCAGCAGCACCUCUCUCCAGAUCCCUCCCCAGCCCGGCAGUGCUGCAUUCAGGAACCGACACCCGAUCCUGCUGGAUACCAUCCAGCCCGUCCUGGUCAGGGCCAUCAUCAAUCCGAAGCGGGGAAUGGAGGAUCCUCUCCAGCCGCAGACUCCACAACCCCCCAGGAGCUGUGGAUCACCUGGGAAUGCUGGGAAGUCAUGCUGGAACCUGGAUGUGAGGGUGGCGGUGCUUCUGGUGACUCUGGCUGGAGCUGUAAUCCUGCUGCUGCUCUACAGACUCCUACAGCUGAGACACAGGUUGAGGUUGGCGAGGGCUCGGCACGCUUUGGAGUACUACAGCUUCUACCACACCGCCACCUACACCCUCAAACAGCCUACGCCUUGUCAGGAGGUACCAGCUAAGAAUGGGUCGCUCCCUGAAGCUGCUCCACCAAUCCAAACCAUAACCACGGUGACGCCUGCUGUCAUCACCACAGUGCCGCCUCCACCUGCAAAGCCGUUACCAACACCUCCCAUCCUACCACCUCCACCUGUACUACAACCACCUCCUGUCCUAUCACCUCCACCUGUCCACCCUCCACCCUCUCUUCCCCCAGCACCGGCCGUCCUGUCCCUACCGCUACCCCUACCUGUGAUCCACACUACACCGCCCAGCCCUCACCUGUCCUGGGGCGCCUGUUCAGAUGCAGAUGUUUACUCUCGGAUUGGAGCUUUCAGGCCCUCCAGGCUCUCCAGCCUCUCCAGCCAAUCCACGGUCAUCCUGUUCGAGCAUUCGUCUCUCUAAACCCUUACACAGAACACUGAUUGUAGUGAUGACCAAACCCAUUUUUCUGACACUCUUGCUUAGAUACUGAAUGUAUGCUAGAUAAGGUGUAUAUGCAAGGCUGAGAGGAAUAUUUGAAGAUAAGAUACUUUCAGGACUUUUCAAAAACUUUGAACUCAAGCCACUCAAUUGUUUUUUCUUUAAAAAGAAACAGACUUGGUGCAAGAAAAGUUGCAUUUUGGAUCAAAACAACUCAACUAUGAUUAUGUUUUUUUGUUCUACUGGAUAUGAAGGGUUUCCUCUACAUUUAGGCGAAGAAAGGCCCACAGUUCCCUCAAGUCGCAUCUAUUCUGAAACCUGUUUCUGAGGUGAAUGACAAAGAUAAGCUGAAGUGAGUCUCAUGAUUGUAGCGCUCAGACAUCCAGAUUUAUCUGUCAAGUCUUAUUUUUGGAAUAUACACUUUAUGAACAUGUUAAGGAACUAACAGUGAUCUAACAGACUUGAUAUCAAGGAUUGAAAAGAUGUUGCAAACUUGAGAUUCUACCCCAUGUUGAUGGGACUUUAUCUCUGCAGAUUUGUCAUCUUUGCAAAGAUGUUCUGCUGGAUUCCGAUUUGGUGAUCAAUGGAGUCACCUGAAUUCACUGUGAUUUUCAGGUAACCAGUAUAUGGCUUUUGGUUGUACAUGGUGCUUUAAAAUGCUGGAGGCUGGCAUUAGAAGAUGGCAAACUGUCGCCAUAAAGGGAUGCACAACACAUGUGGCAAUGACAAACUGGUGGUAAGGAGCCCAAAGUUGACCAUGAAAAUGUUCUCUAUACCAUCAAGAACAUGGACUGUGGACACAAGGCAGGUUUGGUUCAUGGACUCAAUGAAUCUACUAUCUUUCAUAUUUGAUAACUUGUCUAAUUUCCGAUUCGAAAUCUACAAUAUGAUAAGAUGUAAGAGUGAAAAAAAUCUUGCAAACUUUGUAUUUUAGACAAUAUACUAUGACUUCUGAUGUGGAACAUUUGUUAUCUCGGUUCUUUGAUGGUUACGAAGAAAAAUACAAGAAUUUGAUGUAGAAAAAGAACAAAACUGCCGCUGUUAUGCUCAUUGUCUGCAGGGGGCAGAAAGGUUAAAGACACUGCAGUUGUUGCUUUUUCUUGCCUGUAGGAGGCAGUUUAUCUGUUUUGUUACUGUGACAAGGCAAAAUGCCUAAUAUGACAGAGGUUUAUUGUGGAUGAGUGAGGAAAUAACAUAACAGUUGUAAACAAAGACAGAGUUAAACUAUUUUGUCAUAAUUUGCAUUUAAAAAUGUAUUAGCAAGCUGUUCUUGAUAAAAAACAGUCCCGUGGACACUUUUUACUGCAGCAUGAAGCUUUUCUGUGUGCGUUCUUCAAAUGGAUAAAUAACGUUUUUCAAUGAAAACCUCCAGUUAAUAUGAAUCAUAUCUAGAACACAAACACAUUCAUAUUCAUCCUCGCUUGACAUUCCCUCGUUAUAUUUAAUUCCCUCUGCCGUAUAUUGUUACAAAUGUCUUUCCUGCUCAGCUUACAACCAAUUAAGAGACAAUGCAGCAGCACAUGUACAGAUUAAAUUAGCAGGCUUUUAGUAUGGAGACAGCAGACAUAGAUAGAGAAAUACUUAAAGAGGAACGUCACGCAGAGUCUCAGUUUUCAACCCGGCAAGAAGAAAGCAACAAACAGCUAUCAACAAAAACAACUUACAAACUAGUGUUGAAUUAUAAAUGAGUGGUCGGUUGGGAAAACAUGCUUAAAUAUUGAAGGACAAUUCAUCUUAACGACUUGUUAGAGCUAACUUAGACACUGAGAUUACCAUAGAAACAACAGGCAGUUACCUGUGUGUAAACAGGGCUUCUUUAUACAAAGAUCAAUCUGUGCUCAUUUGUAAAAGCCUUGGUGAGACCACUGAGGGACAAAUUAUUCACAAGCUGUCCCUAAUUGCCUGCUGUACCUAAUUAUGUUUGUUAAUUGUCAUGCCAUGUCUGGAAUGUAUUGAAGAGACAAUUUAAAAUUCAUGGAAAACUUCAGAGCCAUGAUAUAAGAGUGUAAAGUGGAGGAAAUGCACCAGUGUGGAAGAGGGAGGAACCCAGCCAUGACAAACCAGCUCAGGAAAUGCCUUCCAUCUGAGGAAACAAUGAGCUCUGCUAAAGUAGCUACACAAUAAAAAUGGAAGAAGGAUUACAAAUGGUUAGGAUUGAUAGUUUGGGGACUUGUAAGUUGCGGAGUGCAGGAACAACAACUUGUUACUCACUGCAAUGAGAUAUGUUUAUCACUUUUAACCCUCUUAACACCACUGUGCUGAAAAGGCUUGUUUUCUUUAUAGUAAAAAUCUCUAAAAUACACAGAUUUUUAGAGCCAGAAACUGUAAAAAGGAAAGGAUCCUUCAACUUUCCAACUGUAUGUAAUAAAUACCAUCAGUUUUGUGUGGUUUCACAGAGAAAAAUGAUCUAUAUAAAUAAAUAAGCUUAAAAUUGU